AUGGCCCCAUCGAAUUAUGACGAUGACCACAUUGGCAUUAAAAACGCUCUCAAUUCUGUUCUAGAUAACAUUCGGUCCACAGGAUCAUUUAUGACGAAUGCCAAUAUUCAUACUGCCGUCAACCCUGGCCUCUUCAUUCCAGGUGUGGGAAAGAUUGGGCUUCCUAUAUCAACUGAGCAUGCAAAAGCAAUAAUCCAGUCCUGUCAUCCGAGCCCCUACGGAAUGGGUACUGAGUCCCUGGUAGAUGAAUCAGUACGGAAAGGUUGGCAACUCGACGUAGGUCAGUUUGCUCUCCAGAACCCCAGAUGGCAACAACAGGUUGGAACGUUCGUGGACAAAGCUGUAACUGGUCUUGGCCUUACGGCAAAUGGGCAGGAGGUCAAGGCGGAGCUAUACAAGUUACUUAUCUACCAGGAGGGCGCAUUCUUUCUGCCCCACCGAGAUUCUGAAAAGGCCGAUGGCAUGUUCGGCACGCUCGCUGUAUGUCUCCCAUCGAGACACGAAGGAGGGGAUGUGAUCGUCUCUCAUGGGGGGGACCAGCUCAAGUUUCAAACAGCGCCAACCUCCGAAUUUGGGGUUUCUUGGGCUGCUUGGUAUGCAGAUGUCACUCACGAGGUGAAGCCUGUUACAUCCGGAUAUAGGGUUGUCCUGAUUUACAACUUGAUACAUCGCCCAUCAGCAGCCCUGCUGGAAUCUCGUGGCAGUAGUACAGAGAAUAUUACUCGUCUGCUUGAAUCUUGGGCCUGUGCCGCUGAAGCAGACGCCAUACAAUACUCAGAUGGCUGGAAUAAUCGCAUUGAUGACACUUGCCCACCAGCGCUCAUCUAUGGGGCUGACCAACGUCGUUUUGCAGAACUUCGGGGUGCAUGCCAGAGGGCCGGUUUCGAUAUCUUCCUAGCCAACAUCGAGAAAAAGGACAUGGGUGCAGUUGAAGAUUAUGAUGGUUCUUACUACGGUGACUCUUAUGGCCGGGGAGGUAAUGGCACACACCGUAUUGACUAUCUGAUUGAAUCUAGCCUUAAAUUGUCGCAUGUGGUAGACUCAGAAGACAUUACUGUCGGAAAGAAUCUACCGUUCCCCAAGGAAAUGCUAACCCAAACUGGUGUUUUUGACCGCGAUCCAGAUAAGGAAAACCUUCAAGGCUUCACGGGCAAUGAGGGGGCUUCGGCAACCCACUUUUACCAUGAAUCGGGCGCACUAAUCAUGCCAAAAAAGUUUCGCUUCCUGUUCACGAUCCAGCAGUUGAAACAUGGUCAGGUCGAUGCUAAAAAGCUCCUGGAUGAUUGCCACCGUGCCGUUAUAGAACAACCAAAUGACAUGCUGGCCAAGCAAAGGCUCGUACAGGUCUCCAGGGCGAUUACUCCAGUGAAUAGCUACUAUAGACGUCAUGCCAAGCCGCAAGAAGGGCAAGACAAGAUUCUGCAGAUUGCUCUUGAACUUUCGGAUGUGGAUUUAUUCUGUCGGGCUAUGGAGUGGCUUGAGAGUCAGUCGUUUCCCUCUCGAACCGCCCAAUUUGCCCAAAUUGCGAAGAUUAUCUCACAAAUUGGCAUCGACGCUAUUCGCUCCUCCAUCGUGCCCUUAUUGGAAACCAAGCUGGAUUACACGGCUUAUCUUGUCGCAUUCAUUACAUCGGCUCAUGACUACUCACUUGCUGGGAAAUUUGACAUGGACGAGGCAGAUAGAAUGCUUACCGCGCUUUUCUCAAAGAUUGUGGCAUCUUUCAAGAUUGAAAGCGCGACAAGCUCACGUCCUAAGCAAAGUCCUUACGGAGGGGUCUUCAACUGCGAUCAGCCGAGCAAUACUUUGCGCAUUUCCCCCAGCUUGGUAGUUGAGUUGGUUCAGUUUUCUGAUGCUACAGGCAACGAUGGCAUGGGAAUAAUCCACACCCUUACUGAAUAUGCCUUAGAUGUCAAGGAAGAGACAGAGGAGAGCGCUUUUCAUGACUUCCUAUUUCCAGUAGCGAACGGCAUUUGCGCACACAUUGACGCGACAGGGCGUUCCUCUACAGGAAGUGAACGGCGAUUUAUCAAACAUAUGUUGACCAAAUAUGUGCGUGACUACGUCAAAGAGGCCCCUCCGUCACCACCACCUGAUUGGAAAAAGAAGACGACCAUCCGAUGUAUCUGCUCCAACUGUGCCUCUCUACGCAUGUUCAUCGAUGACCCGUUCAGCACAACGCAGGAUUUCGCUCUUGGGGAACAGCGCAGGAACCAUUUAGAUCAGCAACUUGAUAAGACCUUUUUCACUACAACUACUAUUAGAGCUAACCCGCAAAAACUGCGAGUUGAAAAAACACAAGCUCUGCUUGUUUCCGACUUUAAAGCUUGGGUCGCACGAGUACAGAUCGCGAACUCUGAAUUGGAGCAAUUGUCUCAAAAGGACUGUCUAGAGGAGAUGCUUGGAAAUCAAUAUCACUCAAUCCUUUCCCAUCAUAAUCUCGUACUUCCCGAUGAUCUACCUACAAUGCCCGCACCCCGAGGUCUCAGGAACACGGUCCAUCACACCGUGCCGGCCAAGCGUCCUUUCCGACAUUGA